AUGGCAGUAUCUACUUUGAACAUGACGCCGUACUUCACCGGAUACUCUUUCCAAGGGCAAGGACGUAUGAAUCAGUUAGGAGGUGUGUUCAUCAACGGGCGCCCUCUACCGAACCACAUCAGACUGAAGAUUGUGGAGAUGGCGGCUGCGGGAGUGCGGCCUUGUGUCAUCUCACGACAGCUUCGUGUCUCACAUGGCUGUGUCUCCAAGAUACUUAAUAGAUACCAGGAAACUGGCUCCAUCCGUCCCGGGGUGAUCGGCGGAUCCAAGCCUAGAGUAGCAACGCCCGAAGUUGAGAAUCGGAUCGAAGAACUCAAGAGACAGAACCCAGGUAUAUUCUCCUGGGAGAUUAGAGAUAAACUUAUAAAAGAAGGCAUUUGUGAUAAAAACACUGCGCCGUCAGUGAGUUCUAUUUCGAGGCUCAUACGAGGAGGCAAAAGGGACGAUACAGAUCCUAGAAGAAACCAUAGUAUUGAUGGUAUUCUAGGUCCGUCAUCUUGCGAAGAUUCGGACACAGAGUCAGAGCCCGGUAUUACGCUAAAGAGGAAGCAGAGAAGAUCCAGGACUACCUUCUCAGGGGACCAACUUGAAGCUUUAGAACGCGCUUUUACCAGAACCCAAUACCCUGAUGUGUACACAAGAGAGGAGUUGGCGCAGAAGACGAAGUUGACAGAAGCUAGAGUUCAGGUAUGGUUUUCGAACCGAAGAGCAAGACUCCGAAAACAAUUGAAUUCGCAACAAUUGAGUGCUUUUAAUACUAUGUCCUUGCAGUCCGCCUUUCCUCCCGUACACCAACAAUACGAAACCCCAUCUUCCUUCAACGCUCAGUGUGCCUCCUGGCAGCAAUCGUAUUCCUCUUUGGGUACGAGUUCUGUGCUGAACUCUGCUUUAGCUCCUUCUUUGCAUCAAUCCACUCUCUCGGCACCUUCAGUAUGUCAAUCUACUUUACCGUCCUCAUUGCAUCCACCAACAUCAAGUUCGUUUUCAUCCGGUAACUUAACUCCUUUAUCUCACUCCUCGGAGAUUGCAACGCCACUCCAAGCUGCACCUGAUGCUACUCCACCCAGUUCAAGUCCGACUACUGCUAGUUCCCCAUCGGCAAUCCAGAGUAGCGGUUUGACCUACCAGCACCCGACAUAUCAAAAUGCAGGCGACAUUCCUCAUCCUUAUGCCUACGGGGAUUACGCAAAGCAGGACCACAUGACGGCACACAACCACUGGACUUCGAGACAACUGAGCCACUCUCAGAACAAGUUAGCAGAAGUCAGCGCGUGGCCUGAGAAUUAUAGUCCAUUCUUUGGAAGCAAUGCAUCGCAUUACGUAUCUCAUGCUCACUCACCGACAGAGGCCAAGUCAGGAUAUCCAUACAUCGGACAACUUGGUGGUAUGGAUAUGGGUCGGGUACAUUGA